AUGUACGAUUAAUAGCUCUUUUAUGAAUUAAAAUUUGAAUAUAAUGAAUUUAAGUAUUAAUUCUUUUCUACAUAACUAAUUGAUAUUUAAAAAUGGAUUCUUGAUAUUCAAUGUGUCAUAAAGAAACUAAAAUAGGGAUUAAAAAAUUCAUAAUAAUUAGAGAAAAAAUGGAAAUCAUUUUUGAAGGUCCGCUAUAAAAAUAAUUUAAUAAAUAAUCAAAGACCUUUAUUUCGGAUUAAUAUUCAUGUUUAGUUAAAAAAUAAUUCUCUAAAUAGGACAGCAAAAGAUAAUUCUUAAGGAAAUUAAUAUGUUUUAUUAAUUUAUAUAAAAUCAGUAAAUGUUAAGAGGAUAUCAUUUUAAGUAAUUUAUCAAUUAUAAUUUAGAUUUUCACAAAUAAUGAUCAAGAAUGA